CAAGGGUACGGUAUUCCAGCAAGCGGAACCCGAAAGCCUGACAAUAGGUGUGAUGGGUGACCCUACACCUGCCCUGCCGCGCCGAACCGCUGCCAGGAGUUGGCCGGCGUCACUCGACCCUCGGAGGGUUUAGAGAGAGGCGGUGCCGCAGCGUCUCCCUCACGUGACCGGGCUCGGCGGAAAAGAGCGCGUCACGCUCCGCCCUGAGCUCGGGUCGGUCAAGGCCUGCGCGCGCCGGCUCGGUGGCUCGCGGGCUCGCGAGCUCGCCAGUCUGCAGGCGGGUCGCUACCGGGCGUGGAGCCGGGCGCCCGGGGCGAUGGGAAAUCCAGUUAUCAAAGUUGACUCCAGAAGAGAGAACCUAACAGACCUAACAAUGGAAGAAAUUGAGAAAGUUAUCAAAAAGCUACCAUCCCCCAAAACACCAGUCCCAGAUGGUGUUUCAGCCAGUGGGACAUUGACACCUGAACUUGACAUGAAGAUAGUACUGAAAUUGGAAACUUGGUUAAAAAAAUCCUUCCUGAAGAAGAUCUUAAGCAACACGAUGGAUUCAGAAGCUCAUGAAAAGAGGCCACCAAUCCUAACAUCUUCAAAGCAAGAUAUAGCACCUCAUAUUGCAAAUGUUAGUGAAAUGAGGCAUUACUUGUGUGGCUGCUGUGCGGCUUUCAACAAUAUAGCCAUCACAUUUCCCAUUCAGAAGGUCCUCUUUCGGCAACAGCUGUAUGGAAUCAAAACCCGGGAUGCAGUACUUCAGUUGAGGAGGGAUGGAUUUCGAAACUUGUAUCGCGGAAUCCUUCCCCCUUUAAUGCAGAAGACGACUACACUGGCACUUAUGUUUGGUCUGUAUGAGGAUUUAUCUUGCCUUCUCCGUAAGCAUAUCAGUACCCCAGAGUUUGCAACCCGUAGCCUGGCCGCAGUACUUGCAGGAACGACAGAAGCAAUUUUCACUCCAUUGGAAAGAGUUCAAACAUUGCUUCAAGACCACAAGCAUCAUGACAAAUUUACAAACACUUAUCAGGCUUUCAAAGCAUUGAAAUGCCAUGGAAUUAGAGAGUAUUAUCGAGGCUUGGUGCCUGUUCUUUUCCGUAACGGAUUCAGCAAUGUCCUUUUUUUUGGCCUUCGAGGUCCCAUCAAGGAGCACCUGCCCACGGCAACAACCCACAGUGCUCAUUUGGUCAAUGAUUUUAUCUGCGGGGGCCUGUUGGGUGCCAUGUUGGGAAUCUUGUUUUUUCCAGUUAAUGUUGUAAAAACUCGCAUGCAAUCUCAGAUUGGUGGGGAAUUUCAGUCUUUCCCUAAGGUUUUCCAAAAAAUCUGGCUAGAACGGGACAGGAAGCUGACAAAUCUUUUCAGAGGUGCCCAUCUGAAUUACCAUCGGUCCCUCAUCUCUUGGGGCAUAAUUAAUGCGACUUACGAGUUCUUGUUAAAGAUUAUAUGAAAGAAAUCAGUUAAGUGCCAUUAAUCAACUGAAUAGACCUAAGAAGAAUGCAGUUUGGCCUUGUUUCUAAUUGGCCAAAUACAAGUUGGUGUUAUAAGUCCAGGGCACAAUGAAUUAUGGGCAAAGCUGUUUUUCUUAAGCACCAACAAAUGCAGAAUAAAAGGUUUCAGUAGGAAAAUUUAAGGUUUUUGGGAGUUUUUUUGGGGGAGGGUGUUCUGUUUGUAUUUUUUUUAGUCAUUAUCUGAGAACUUUAGGCUAAUUGCCUGGUUAAUAGCUGUCUAUCUGAUGGCUUUUGACAAGGAAACUACCAGCCAAGAUACAUGAUUCUUUUUUCCAAAAGUCUUCUGUAUUGAAGCAUAAGUGGCCAUGACCAGCCAGAGAAAAGGCUCUUAGGGUCCCAUGAUUUCUCAGGCUUACUUCUAUUACUCCAUUUCUUCUCUGCUUUUAGGAGGAGUUACAAAGGGUAGUUUUUGUUAACUUAAACAUAUACAUGGUAGGACAAAGGAGCAGAAGAGAGAAGAAAAGCAGCUUAUUAUGUGUAGGAUUUUCAUGAUAAAUUGUAUUCGUUUUGAAACUAAGCACCUGUUGGGGUGGUCAUUAUCCAAAUUAAUUCUCUUUAGACGUGGUAGACUAAAGCAACUAAUGACAUCUCCCAUUUUGCUUUCUAGGGUAGAAAGUUUUCUCUGUAUUUCUCAAUAUGACCUUAAACCUUCCCAAAAUAUUUUUAUAUUAAUUUCACUAUUUCGUUGUCAAAAAAUGUGGAGACUUAAAUUUUGUUAAAGGUGUUUCAUCCCAUUAAGAAGGUUCAUAUUACAGGUAUCCCCCGCUUCUCCAGAGUUUCCUUUAUGCCACUUUGCUUUUACAAAAGACCUAUAUUAGUACCUGUUUUCACUAUCCAAAAGAAAUACGAAGAUGAUUUUUGCUUUUACAAGAAAAGGUGAUUGCUUCCUCACUCUAUGCCAUUUCGGCUUACAAAAAGUUCCACAGGAAUUCGGGGGAAACCUGUAAUUGCAUUACAGAUCCAAUUCUGUUUAGCUCAGCUUCUUUGAAUUGUUCUUGCCAACUUAGUGAAGAGCUUUGGAGUUUUGGUAUUUUUUCCUUUGAGUAGUAGUUUGUCAUAGUCAAGUAUCCUGUUCUCUUGAAACUCCCUUUAAAAAAACAACAUAAUGCUUCCAUAAAAUUUUAUUUUGGAAGUCUAUUAAUAGGACCUUAGAUUUUUUUUCUGGUUUCUAAGUGUUCUGGGGAAGGGGAAAAAAACUCAGGAUAGCUUUCACCCCACAGUGUUAAGCUGUCUUUUUUAUUUUACUCUUGGAAAUAGAGACUUCUGUUAUGAUCUUUACGUUUUGGGAACCCAAUUUUACCAUUUUAUCAUUUAAACAGUAAGACAGUUUGAGAGGAUAAAACCUAAAUAAAGAUAUUUGAAGGGUUAGUUUUAAAUUCUAGAAGUUGGUGAUUGGUGGAUAGUAUACUUAUCCCUUACCUAACAGACAAAAACUUACUUGUCAAAGGAAUCAGAUUUUAAAAUACUUUUUCCCAGAUAAAUAAGGCAAAGUGACUCAUACACCAGUUGAAUAACUAACACAACAUAUGAGACAUCCUAGAAAAGUGGUUUAUCAAUCUUUUAAAAAUCCACAUCUGUAAGUAUGUAGUUAAGAUUACCUUCCAGCAUCUGACAUGGAGCAGAGCACAUGGGUUUUAUUACCAGUCUUUCAUCAUUCUGGGUAAUUGCAUGUGAAUAUGUGCACAUGCUGACCAAAAUAAAGUCAGGGUCUCAAUGGUAGUUUACUCAGUUUCUGGACAGAUAGUCCAAAAAAGAUGUUUACCUCUCAGUGUAGGGUGGCUGGUCAAAUGACAGGAACGUCCUCCUUCCAGCUGUGAAGGAUUAGGAGGCAUUGUCGAGCAUUUGCCAGGCAGUCAUGAAGCUCACUCGCUUUACAAAGGCUCUGUUUGACAGCGUUGUGCUGGAAAUGGCAGUUAAUUCUAGAAACCAAGAUGCAGAUGUAAGGAUUUGAGAAAACGAGAAUUUGACACUAAAUAAAUGAGAGUAGCAUCCUUUGGCCUAUGGAAUAGCGUCAGGAUUUCAAGUGGGUUGAGUUUCAGGAAUGAGUGGCAAAGGCACUGUGGUGCCUGACCCCCUCGCUCACGUGUGUGUCCAGCACUUCUGGGCAUAUCUGAGUGCUCAGCAUGUGGCUGGUGAGUUAGCCUGGGGUCACACGCUGACCCUGGGAGUAGACUCCACUGGCCUUCAGUUCCACGGCGCUUCCUUUUGCCUAUACACUCCAUGUAGGUGAUAGACAUCUAAAUUCUAAAGCACUUUUGUGAAAUACAAGUGAAGUGAGAAUUUGAAGGAGGAUGCUUCCUUUUCUGCUAUCUCAAACGUGGCAUUUACAAACAAAUAUUUUUUAACGGUUUUAACUCAUAUUUUUUUAUUUCUUUGUCACUUUUUACAGCUUUUGAAGACCAAACUGCAAAUACGUUACCAGGGUUGGUUUUAUGUUGUCCUAUAUUUUCUUAAAUUUGACAAAAAACUCAACAGAACUUGUGGUAGCCAACAGCUUUGUCUGAAAUUUAAAAGAAGUCAAAAUGUGUUAUUAGUAAGGAAGAGAUUCUAACUAUUGUUUUUGCCUUCAGUGUGAACUAGUAUGGUAAUGAUUUUGAAAAGGCAAACAUGAGUGAAUAACUUUUAUCUGCAAAGCUUUAAAAGUGGCCUUUCUGUUACAUACGUGGCACAGACAGCUCAUGAGCACAGGGCACUUCUGGUCUUGCCUCCUAUACUUCAUUCUGAUGCCACCAGAAAUAUGUUAUGGAUUCUAUACUUAACACCCUUAGAGUGGUAUGAGCCCUCAGGACUGUACUACAGAGUAAACACAACCUCUAUAUGGUGGCAAAUGUAUGUGUCUUUGUUUCAUUUAUGGUUGGAGACAAAGUUGAUGCUUUUGUCUCAAUAGUCAAUAUUCAUCUUACUUUAUGGUUGGUUAUAUAAUCACCUGCUAUAUAUUACGAACUGUGCAAUGAGACAGAAUUGUGCAUAUAUAAUCAUCUUUGGAGACCUGAAAUUCCCUGGCUUGAUUACAGUGGUGAUACUCAUUUAUAAGGCUGUACAAACCUUAAUAAGAGGAUAAUGGGUGGUACUGGAGGGCUUCAUGGUAAGCCAAUCAUGUUGACCAACACUGUUCAGUGUAGAUGAAGUACUGUCAUGUGAGGGGCAUGCAGUCAAGAUGGAAGCGAGGUGGGAGAUCACAUUUAAAGAAAGGGUAAGCACUCAGACUUGGUUUCUUUUAAAAUAGUCUUUGUUUUCUCACGUGCUUAUAAAUGUGUAUCGAAGACUUGAAUAGGCAUUCCCCUUAAAUCUGAGGAUUUUUAGUUUUUAAUGCUGUCUUUUUGCCUAAUAGUGAAUAUUUGCUUGCCUAAAUGGCUCCCAAAUUGUGGAGGAGUCUACGUUUCCUUUUUUAAAGUUUCAUUAUUAAAAGUGGUUGUUUUUGUUUGAUAUUUUGAGUUUUGUGACUAUAUGAGUUUAAAUGAAAUCUGUUAAAUGUUUCAGAGUUAACGUGUUUCUUUUGGUAUUUCUGAUUGGAAUAAAUUUUUUUUAAGUCCA